CGAAAAUCCAUCUCACCAAAAAACCAAAAAUAAACAUAUCCCAAAUAAUAUGUAUCUCUUCCUCCACCGUAUAGAGAGAGAAAUACGCACCGAUACGUACACAACUUCAUAUAUGCACAUACACACACAGCGCGAGGAAGGAGAGAGAGAGAGAGGGAGGGAGGGAGAGAGAGAUAGAGAGACGGGACAGCGUCUUCAAAUUCGUCGAUCUUCAAUUCAGCCUCUCUCUGGUUCUUCUGAGAGUCUGUGCUUUCCUUGAUGGGUGCUCCGAAACAAAAAUGGACACCAGAAGAAGAAGCAGCUCUAAGAGCUGGCAUCGUUAAGCAUGGGGCUGGCAAGUGGCGUACAAUACUUAAAGAUCCAGAAUUUAGUGGUGUCUUGUACUUACGUUCAAAUGUAGAUCUUAAGGACAAAUGGAGAAACAUGAGUGUGAUGGCAAAUGGUUGGGGCUCUAGAGAGAAGGCUAGGUCAUCCCUUAAAAGAAGGCAACCUGUCUCUAAACAGGAUGAGAACUCCAUGGCCCUAAGUUCUGUAGUUCAAAGUGAUGAAGAAAUUGUUGAUGUGAAGCCUCUUGCAGUUUGUAGUGGUUCUCCAGAGAUUGGUGUUUCAAAGAGAUCAAUCAUAAGGUUGGACAAUCUUAUCAUGGAGGCUAUAAGCAACUUAAAGGAGCCUGGUGGUUCUAAUAAGACAACAAUAGCGACAUAUAUAGAGGAACAAUACUGGGCACCUCCAAACUUUAAUCGCUUAUUGUCUUCCAAAUUGAAGUUUCUGACUUCUAAUGGGAAAUUGAUGAAGACGAAACGAAAGUACAGGAUAGCACCACCACCUUCGUCAUUAUCAGAUAAAAGAAGAAACCCACCCACAUUACUCCUGGAGGGAAGGCAGCGGGCUUCUCCAAAGAUGGACAAGGAUGACACGAAUAUCCUAACUAAAAGCCAGAUUGAUGUAGAAUUGGCUAAGAUGAGGAGUAUGACCCCUCAAGAGGCUGCCGCAGCUGCUGCUCAAGCAGUUGCGGAGGCAGAAGCUGCUAUAGCAGAAGCUGAAGAAGCAGCAAGGGAGGCAGAAGCAGCGGAAGCUGAUGCAGAAGCAGCUCAAGCUUUUGCAGAAGCAGCAAUGAAGACACUCAAAGGAAGAAACACGCCAGCAAUGAUGGUCCGUGCUUAAAGGAAAUUCAUGAAAGAGACUAUGCGGAUCUACGAAGCACUGUUUGUUUGUUUGCAUCUAAUCCCAAAUAGAUAUAUGUAUGUAGUUUGUUUCCGACCUCAUCUGUAGCUGUGAAUAUGGUAGCUUUUGUCGGCUGGUGGAGUGCAUUGGCCCUUUACCUUUGACCUCUUUUCAGUCUGUAGAUUUCUUCAAAAACUCCUCUAAGUUAUGCUCAGAAACUUUUGCAUGUAUCUAAGGAAUAUCUGUUUCUGGGAUGUUGAUCUGUUGCUAUUCUUUUUGGGAAUUCCAGGAAUGCCCCUAAUAGAGAGAGCUAGGAAAUUCAGAGAAAA